UUAUAUUCGUAAAAUGUGAUAAACAAACGAAGGAAAUCUUUUUAAAUGUUUCUUAACACGGAUGUUACAAUUCGCUUGUGUUUUUCAUGUAUUCCUUGGAAUAAGUCUUAUUCACUCUCAGACAACAGUAAAAUGGUGUUCAGUAUCACCUGAAGAAGAAAUCAAGUGCAACCACCUUAGUUCUGUGAUUCAAUCCACUAAUACGAUUUCAAACAAGUAUAAUUUAACCUGUAUUCUCGGCUCAGAUGAAUUUAAUUGUAUGAAGUUGAUCAAUGAAAAGCAGGCUGAUUUAAUGAAUUUGGAUGUUGGUCUGGCAUAUUAUGGCAGCUCAUUGUACAGUUUACGUCCUAUUGCUGUGGAAAACUAUGCAAUAAGCAAUGCACCUAAUGCAAGAAACCUGUACUAUUAUGCGGUCAUGGUUAAGCCAAUCAGUAUAAGUAUAGAUCCUACAAAUUUAAGGGGCAAAGAAAUUUGUUCAGCCGGUGCUGGGACAGCAGAAGGCUGGGUAAUGCCCGUUGGUACACUAAUAUCAGACUUGAGAGCGAUUCCGGUUACGCAGUGCAACAGUGUAGUACAAAACUUAAUUCGUUAUCUUGGUGAUUCUUGCAUACCAAAUUCAUUAUCUGAAAUUUUUAAUCCAUUCGGAGACAACACACAAGAAGUCUGUCGUCUUUGUUACAAUACAGGGCUAUCUGAUUGGUGUGGAUCAUUAGAUAGGUACUCAGGAAACCAAGGAGCCUUGAGAUGUUUGAGGGAACAUACUGAAAAUUUUGAGUCAAAAUAUAAACCUGUUGUCGCUUUUUUGAGAGAUCAAGAGGUUGAAUUAGCUUCUGGUGAUGGGUUUCCAAAAGAAAAUUAUGAAUUAUUGUGUCCAUCAAAAAUGUCUAAUGGGAUGUGGACAGCCAACAUCUCUUCAUCUGCAGACUGUAAUUGGGGUAAAAUUCCAUCUCGUAUGAUUAUGACGAGUUUAAUUCAAAAUGAUGUAACUGUGUACACAGAUUUUCUUGAGUUGUUGGUUCAAAAUUUUGGUCCGAGUGGAACUAGUGUGUCAUCGUUCAAUUUAUUCUCAUCAGCUGGUUAUACAACUGUCAGUGGGAACAAUGCUACACAUCAUUUAAUGUUUUCUGAUCAUACAAAAAAUAUUUAUAUUCCUCCUGUAACCGAAACUGAAACUUACUACCGAUGGAUUGAUCCUUCAUUUAAAAAAGCUCUAGAAAAAUUAGAAUCAUGUCCACUUCCUACGCUUGGAUGGUGUGUGAUUGAUGAAUUUGAAAUGUCUAAAUGUCAGCGUAUGUCUAGUGCAUUCUCUGCAAAACGUAUUCAACCAGAAAUGUUUUGUUUGCAAGCUAAUUCAACAAUUGAUUGCAUGAAAUUAAUCAAAGAUGGUUAUGCAGAUAUGGUUACAUUAGAAGCUGGUGAUUUGUAUAUAGCUGGAAAAUAUUUUGAUUUAGUUCCAGUUGUUUCAGAAAAUUAUGGUAAUGGACCAUUCUAUUACGCAGUUGCUAUAGUUGAAAAAGUAAAUCCUGGUUUAUUAAUUUCGAAUUGGCGUCAUCGUCGUACAUGUCAUAGUGGUGUAGGUAAAGCAGCUGGAUGGAUCAUUCCAUUGAAUACGGUCCUGGAUACAAGACAAGUAAUUGUACUGGAUGGACAUUUAGUUCAUGCAUUUGGUGAAUUAAUUAGUCGAGCUUGUAUACCUGGAAUACUAAACAAAGCAUAUGAUCAUAUUGGAACAAAUUCAUUAAAUCUUUGUGAAUUAUGCACUGGUGGCAAUGCUGACAGAUGUCGUCGAGAUAAUUUAGAGUUGUAUUAUGGAGAUGCUGGUGCAUUUAGAUGUUUAAUAGAAGGUGCAGAUAUUGCAUUUGCACGGCAUACAACAGUUCAUACAAAUACUGGUGGGAGAAAUCCAAAUUUUUGGGCUCGUGAUUUACGUGAAGAUAAUUAUGAAAUAUUAUGUCCUGAUGGACGACGUGCUGAAGUUCAUGACUGGAUCACUUGUAAUCUUGGUAAAAUUUCUAGUAAUGUUGUAGUUACUGCAAAUUAUAAAUCUGAAAAUGAAAGAACUAAUAUGUGGCGUUUAUUACAAUAUGGUCAAGAGUAUUAUUCAUCUGAUAGUGAUCCAGUUUUUCAGAUGUUCAAUUCUGAAUUUGGUCAAAAAGAUUUAAUAUUUAAUGAUGAUACAGAGAGUUUAAGUUUAAUUCCAUGGGAAAAUCAAACGUAUGAAGCUUGGCUUGGACAACGAUUUAUACAAAUGGUUGAAAAUUUACAAGUGAUAUCAAAUCGUUAUGAAAAUGGUUUAUAUAAUAGUGGUAUACUUAAAAUAGACCAAUCUAUAUCUCAUUAUACCAUUAAAUGGAUAUUAACAAUGAUCAUUUGUGUUUAUCAUUGUUUGAUCUGUUUAUAGACUUGAUCAUGAAAUUCUUUGUCGAAGUGUAUAUUGUAUAUUUAUUAGGUACUUUCUAAUUAUAAAUGUGAAAUAUUUCCACUGUAUAAGGGUCGUUAAUUAUCUUUUUUUUUUCUUUCAAAAAAAGACAUUAGAAUACACCUUGCUGAAUACUUUCACAAUUGGAAAUCUGUGUAUCACUACUGAAUAAAGUCUGUUUUAGUGUAAUACAUAGAUUACUAUACUUA